UGUGACAGCAAGUGAUUUAUUCAUGGCCGCGGAGGGAAGCUACUCUGUGAACUUUGCUGAAACUGCAUGAGAAAAGCAGCAAGAAGACGGUGUAGUUGAUGUCAUGCAACUGAAUAAAGUUGCUUCUUCGGUAUAGAUCACCAUAUCUAGAUACGCUUGCUAUAGGAUGUACUUGUAUUAGGUCCAUUGCACUUACUGAUCCAGUUCAUCUUAUCAGCUGCACGUCAAGGUCACAGCGUUCUCCUACCAUAGGUCACCGCUGGUUUUCGUGCAUGUGCAAAAUGGGAAGAUGUCUACAAACUACUAAGCAGCUUGUGUCCUUGGCUGGCCAUGACAUUGGUUCAUACAGGGAGUCAUAUUGGCAUGGAAACCAAAGGGAAUGAUCAUCUUCCAAUCUGCUUUUUGAAAUGCUGCCUGACAGUGCUAGGGAGGGGUAAAAUAUUCUGGGUGGGAUGAAUUUCAUCCAUUUUUGUACAUUGUUGUGAGCAUCUUUUGGUAAGUUUUUAUUUUUUGUUAUUGUACAGCUAGGGCUGUUUCUGCAAAAUUCAUGGCAAAGAACCAAUUCUAAUUGCGUAUGACAAAUUAAUUGUGAAGAUAAAGUGUUGUCUCUAGUUAGAUAUGUGAAUAUGGUGUAAAUUUCAGUGAGAGGCCUUGCAAAUGCAAACAGUAGUGGUUGCUUCAAACUGACAUAUAUUUAGCACCAAUCCUUCUUGAAGAGAACUGAAGAUUUCAAAUGUUCUGUUCUCGUCAGGGUUAUAUAUGGGAAACAGCGCAACUUUACAUUUUUCAGUGACAACUGAUGUUUUGUAAAGUUUACAAUGUGUAGCUUUUAGGUUUGUUACUUCAAAAGCCUGAAUGCUCAGCUUACUCACAAAAAUGGCUUUUGAAAUACUUUUUUGGUUAUUAGGGCUACAAAUGCUUCCAGAUAAGUGGACCACUGGCACUGCAGCUACUGUGGUUGCCUUUCCACUUAGUGCACUGUUUUUUCUAUCAGUUAAUAAUGCUUUCAAAACUUGAUAUUGAUCCAAUAUAUUGGUGCUCUUUGAGAAUGCUGCUUUUUUAUAUUUUUGUGAACCUUUGAUUAAUCCCCUUCUCCUUUGACCAAGUCCUUCAAGACCCUAGCAUGAUGGACCUAAAAAAGGAUACAACACAGCAAGUGGUUCAGCAAAUCACAGGUUUACUGGGAACACAAAUAGUCCAGUCUCAAGACUGUGAUCAAUGUGAAAAUACCUUGAGCACCACUCCCGCCCUACAUCGUCAUUGCUGUGACCAGUGUGAUGGUACCUUUUCUAUGACGGUUGACCUUGUUGCACACUUCCUGCAGUGCCAUCAUCAUUGUUUCUUCGAAGUAGAAGCUCCAAAAGCUACAGCUGAACUUGCUUGUGAGAAUUCUGCUCCAAAUAGAUUGCCCACCAGUGAUAAUGGAACCCUUCUUCCACAUCUUCAUAAUGGAGAAGUAAUUCUUGGUUAUGAAAACUUUAAUUCUUGGGAUCUGCCUUUUGAAAACAUGGAUCUGUUUUCAGAAAUAGUUGAUCUGAAGGAACACGAAGGGACUAUCUCCAGAACCCUUGAAAAUGCAGAGAAAGAACCAUUGAUUCAUUUUCAUCUUCCAGAUUGGGAGUAGAAUCACUUUCAGAAGCUGUUAAACAAGAAAAAUCAAAUUGCUGUGCUGGAGAGAAAGAACAUAUCAGCUUCUUCAGCGCAAGUGACUGCUGAGUUAACUGAUGAGAAUCUAAAUAUUGAGAAUCCUGUUCCAUUAGGUGGCACAGCAAUGGCAGCUGCUUCUGGUGGAGAGGUUGUCUCUAAAGAUCUUGAAAUUAGUUUAAGCGAAGGAAUAGAGAAUAAUCCUACUCAGGCUGAUGAACCAUGUGCUCAAGGCAUUGUUUAUCAAUGUAAUGAAUGUAUCAAAUCCUUUUCAAACAAAGGAUAUGAAAGUCAUCUGGAGACCCAUAAACUAUAUUGUUGUGGACUGUGCAAAGCUGCUUUUUCAAAAACCAUGGGAUUGAUACGGCAUAUGAAAAUUCAUAUAGGUAGAGAAACAUUCAAAUGCAAAGAUUGUGGUAGAGAAUUUGCUCAGCGGCGUAAUCUAGAAAACCACAUGAGGUCUCACAGGGAACGCUUUGCUUGCAAAACCUGUGGCACAGUAUUCACAAAGCAAAAACGGUUGGAGCAGCACAAGACUAGUCAUUGCAGAAGCACAGGCAAGCCCUUUUCUUGCAGUGAAUGUGGGGCAGGGUUUACUCAGCUGGGCAGUCUUAACAGACACAAGAACAUUCAUGCUGAUAAACGCCCACAUAAGUGUGACCAAUGCCCUGCAGCCUUCACUCAGAGCGGAAAUCUUCGCAUUCACAUGAGAAUUCACACGGGGGAGCGGCCAUAUUGCUGUGAACUAUGUGGGGCUUCAUUCUCCCAACCUGGUGCAUUGUCACGCCACGCUGCACCAUGGGUUUCCAACCCAGAUGCGGGGGAAAGACAAACUGACCUUGGAAGACCCAAGAAAAACAAAGCAGAAAAGGUGAAUGACAACCUUCCACACCUUUGCGAUCAGUGUGGAGCCUCCUUCACAUCAGAAAGUAGCCUUCAUAAGCAUAUCUUGCAUCACACUGGUUCUCGACCAUUUUUGUGUGAGAAAUGUGAUUCUUCUUUUCUUAGCAUUGCUAGCCUUGAGCGCCACAGGCAGAUGCACAAUACUGCUCGUCCACAUCAGUGUGACAAAUGUGGAAAGACAUUUUCUCAAGUGAGUAGUCUAGCAUCACACAGAAAAUCUCAUUUUACAGACCCUAAAUUUGCAUGUGACAUUUGUAGCGAGAGGUUUGUCAGCAAGCCGCUUCUGACACAGCACAAGAAGACUCACCAAGACCGCCCUCAUAAGUGCAAAGUUUGCCCGUCAGCAUUCACCAAAAUAAAAUUCCUUAAAGGGCACAUGAAUACUGUCCACGGUAAGGAAUCAAAUUAUGCUUGUGAUGAAUGUGGAGAAACUUUUGCACACUCAGGAAGUUUGACAGCCCAUAGGCAGUGUCACAAAAAUGAACGACCUUUUCAGUGUGGUGCGUGUGAUGCAGCUUUUAUGGAUGUCACAGGUCUGCGGUUACAUGAAAGGAUUCACAAGGGUGAACGGCCAUUUAUUUGCCGUCUGUGUGGAGCGGCUUUCAGGCAGUCAAGCACACUGUCCGUGCAUAUGAGGGUGCAUACAGGUGAGAAACCAUACAAAUGUAAGCUUUGUGGGAAGACCUUUGCUCAGACUGGGGCCCUAAAACGCCACAUGAAGACACAUGCUGGGGAACUGCAGUUUACUUGUCCUUACUGUGAGGCAGCAUUCUCAAAGCGCUAUAGUCUAACUUCGCAUCUGAGAAGGCAUACAUGAAAAAAGACUUACAGAUUUUUGUCAAUGGGAAAAGAUGUGUCGCAGGUUAAAAAUUAAGAAGAAAGGACCUUUUCAUGGAAUGGUUUGUUAUUGCCAUUUGCAUCCUUUCCUGGACAAUACAAAGUAAUUCUUGGAAUUAGUUUUAAAAAAAUCGUUUCUUUAUUAAAUAUUUGCUAGAGUGCAAUAUAAAAGCAAGCUCAAAGUUCUUGAGAGAUUAAUAAUUUUAAACUGUUUAUUUACUGUAUUAAGGCAAUGUGAUGUAUGAGUCUUAAAAGUUCAUUUGGUGUGGAUGUGUGGUUGUAAGAUUUCAUGAAUUAUCCAACACAAAAAUCAGUAGCCAUAGCAUAUGAAAAUUACAAUUCUGAUAACAGUUUUUUAUUAUUAUUUCUUGUUCAUAACAUAGAUGUUCUUGAUUGGUCUUUACUGCUACACUUGCAAUUUGCUUUAUUUCUAGAAGCCUUAACAAGAAUGUUAUUCUAAAUCAGUGGUGCCCAUCCUUUUCUAUCCCAAGGGCUGCACGAGACAUGAUAUAAAGUCUUGCAGACCAGAACAUGGCGGGUUUGCCAGAAUCAUGAUGUUGAAAAUGAAAUUAUGUUGUGUAUAGUUAAAAUGAGCGGUGGGGUAAGGCACCAUCCGGCCCGCGGGCCAUAGGUUGGGCACCCCUGUUCUAAAUGAUACAGUCUGUUCAUUGACGUACAUGUAUUAUCUGUAAGUAUAUAUGUAUUGGGCAAAAAAAAAAAACUUUCUUAUCCCAUAAAAUGAUGAAGAUAUGUACAGAUUUAAUUGACAAUUGGUAUUGAACCUUGCCAGAGUCUUGUUCAAAAUAUCACUGUCAAAGAUGAAGUCUUCCCCAACCUUAGGCCCCCCCCCCCUCAUUUACUUUGUGGAGAUUGGUGACUAUAGGGUUAUCCUUUAUAAGUUAAUGUGAAGAUUUUGAAAAAAAAAAAGUGGAGCUGAUCUUUGCAUGUGUGCUCAGGGUUUUUGUGAAUGUGUGUGCACUCGCACCCAUGUGUGCUUUGUGUACAAUUGAAAAGUUGCAUCAUUAACUAGAAGGAUCAGGUAUUGUCAUCUUUAUAAAAUGCAGAAUGACAUGCUCAUCAAUACAUUUGUAUGAGAGAUAAAUUGUCUUACAUAUUAGUAUUUAUAUUAUUAAUGCAAUACUCUCCUUGGUUACUAGUGCCAAAACACAAUACAAGAAUGUACAUUAUAGCCUUUGACAGAUAUUUGGCGUGGUCAAGUGCAAUCCUUGUGUUUUGAAUUAUAUAUGCCCUGCCUUUAAUUUUUCAGGGCAAGUUUUAUUCUGGUUCACUCAGAGUGCUAAGUUUAUUGGUGAAAGGGUUAUUAUUUUACAUUUGUUAUGCUAUUGUUCUUACGAUUUCUCUAUUGCAAAUGACUGGUAGUUGUGAAGUGCAAUAAACUAUCACAGAUUUUAUAUUACCAAGUGCAAAGGAUAUCAAAAGAUUUUUUGCUAUACAAUAUGAUUUUGACCUACACUGCUUGUUUAGUCUUCCUCUUGGAUUCGAAACCAAUACUGAACGGAUGAUGGCUGCUUACUCUUAUACAUUUAUAACAGCAACUGUUAAGAUGUCCAGUUCAGUGUGAGCUAUUCUCUACUUAUUACCCUUUUUCUCAGUAUUGAAGCCUAAAUAUUUUACCAUUUCAUUUUACUCUGUUACUUUCUGUGUAAAGCAUAUUUAGCCAAAAUAGAUCGGUUUUGUAUGGUACAAACUGUGAUGUGAGUAUAUCAGAUUUUUUAUUUUUGCCAGUUUUUCUUUACAGAAAUUUAUGCAUACAUACAAGUAAAGGUUAUGUAUGAAAUUAAAGAAAAAUUCUUUUGAAAUAAAAAGUAUAUGUAUGAACAAUUUA